AAAAAAAUGUAUAAAGAAUUGAUAACUUGCUCAUUUAUUAACUUCUUUGUAGGAUUUCACAAACAAAACACACUGAAAAGUACUCGUAUGUCAACAGCACAGGAGAGGAGGAGCGCGAAUAUUUUUAAAAGGUGGUCACAUGAAUGAGUAUUGUUCUUGUAGACUGUAAAUCUUUGAAUGAAUAGGUUGGUUCUUUCUCAUUCAUUUGACAUACGACACAAACCAUUCUGAUAUUAUUUGUUUCAAUUAUAAGGUCUAAGCUAGUACAACUAGUCUUGUCUUACUGGUCCGGUAGCCGGCAUUGAGAGAGACAUUUUUUUGUCGGACUGGUUCGACAGCAGCACUUAAAAGGUUUAAGAACCAUUUUUUUUACUUCUUUUUAAUGUUAUCUGGAAUGAAGUAUAUUAGGUUUCGUCCCCACCAUCAUACCAUCCCCAGCACCAUAGCAGGCCUGCAGCAGGUCUGCUUAAUCGAGGUCAUAGAACGAAAAAGUAAGGCAGUUCAUUAUAGGUCCUGCUAUAAGAGCUCAUAGUAAGCCUCCAGGUCAAUAAUGACCAACAUUUUUUUUAAAAUUAAUCAUAGACUACGAAUAUUUUGACUCGUGUUAACUGUGUCAUUUUAUCGAUUUGCAGUAGUAGGACUACUAACAUCACUAUGGUGAAUGUGAGAGAAUGAUAAAAUGGUGCAUUCGUCGAUCAAACCGGGCCACACAUCCGAACAUAGAAAUUAAAUUAAUAUCCACCAUUUUGUUUAUAUUCGCGAAAAUAAGUUUCUAUCUGGACACAUUAGUGAUUGUUAAAAGUAUCUCGCCUCGCAGCGUAUUGUUCAACUAAACCAGGCAGUGAUCAAAAGAUUAGGAAUGUGCUAUUAGCGUACCUAUCUAUUGUCGGGCCCACUGAACAAUCUGCAGACAUCGGCCGCGCCGCUAGUAAACACUCUUUGAAAAUUAACAUCUUAUCGACAAAGAAAAACAAAAAUUCUGGUGCGCAGAGUGUACGAGUCGAUGACAAAGGUUCGUUGAAAUUCGUUCAACGGAUUUUUAGCAGGUCGAAAGGGAGUAAUCCCCUGGCGUUAAAGGAAAUUUCAAAGAGUUGCGGGCGAGAGUCCCCCGUGGCGCGCCCGGCUAACAUGAACCACACGCCUGCUCCCGACAGGCAGCAUCACGACUCCAAUGUGAACCAAGUUGAGGAGAUGGAAACUCAAGAUGUGGAAACUGUUGAUACGGCGACAGAAAAGACUUGGGACGACGAACUUAUGAAAGGGCCCAAUGGUGAAGUUGUUAUGGGUGAAGUUAUGAAGAACCAAGAAACUACAUCUUCAGAUAUACCUCUUGCAUGUCUCGAUACUGAAAUGGAGGACGAUGAAGCAAGGUCGGAGGCAACGUUCCGAUUCACGGUACAGAACUUCAGGAGUCUGAAAGAUUCCAUGCUCUCACCACCAUGCUACGUGCGUAAUCUCCCAUGGAAAAUAAUGGUGAUGCCGCGACAGGCGCCUUCGCCAGAUCGGCAACAACAGAAGUCGCUCGGAUUCUUUCUCCAGUGCAAUGGAGAAAGCGAGUCCUCUAGCUGGUCCUGUUAUGCUAUGGCUGAGCUGAGACUCAUCUCCCAUAAGCCAGACACAGAACCCUUCUUCAGGAAAAUUCAACAUUUGUUCUAUAGCAAAGAGAACGACUGGGGCUUCUCUCACUUUAUGGCUUGGAACGAUGUGCUAGAUCCUGAGAAAGGCUAUAUAAAGGAUGACUCUAUAACACUGGAGGUGCACGUCACAGCAGAGGCGCCUCAUGGUGUAUCCUGGGACUCAAAGAAGCAUACUGGAUAUGUAGGUUUGAAAAAUCAGGGUGCAACUUGUUAUAUGAAUUCCCUGCUGCAGACACUUUAUUUCACAAAUCAACUUCGGAAGGCUGUAUAUAAAAUGCCUACAGAAUCUGACGACAGUACCAGAUCAGUCGCAUUGGCACUUCAAAGAGUGUUCUACGAGCUCCAGUUCUCAGACAAGCCAGUGGGCACAAAGAAACUGACCAAGAGCUUUGGAUGGGAGACGCUAGAUUCCUUCAUGCAGCAUGACGUACAGGAAUUCUUGAGGGUACUUUUGGAUAAGCUUGAGAGCAAAAUGAAAGGGACAUGUGUGGAGGGCACUGUACCUCGACUUUUUGAAGGCAAAAUGACUUCGUACAUUAAGUGCAAGAAUGUCAAUGUGUCCAGCACCCGUGUCGAAACCUUCUAUGAUAUUCAGCUCAAUAUCAAAGGGAAGAAGAAUAUCGAUGAGUCAUUCAAAGACUACAUCAGUACGGAGACCCUGGAUGGAGAGAAUAAGUACGAUGCUGGAGAGCAUGGUCUACAGGAAGCUGAGAAGGGAGUGAUAUUUGCUUCGUUCCCACCGGUAUUGCACCUGCACCUAAUGAGAUUCCAGUAUGACCCAAUCACUGAUAACUCGGUCAAGUUCAAUGACAGGUUCGAAUUCUACGAGCACAUAAAUCUGGACGCGUACCUCCAAGAGAAGCCGGAGACCCCGGCCGAUUAUACUCUGCACGCUGUUCUGGUGCAUUCGGGCGACAAUCACGGCGGACAUUAUGUGGUCUUCAUCAACCCCAAGGGAGAUGGCAAGUGGUGCAAGUUUGACGACGAUGUGGUGUCCCGUUGUACGAAGCAAGAGGCCAUCGAAUACAACUAUGGCGGCCACGAUGAAGAUAUGGCUUUGACCGUUCGUCACUGUACCAACGCUUAUAUGUUGGUGUAUAUCAGGGAUUCUCAGCUUAAGACUGUAUUACAAGAGGUCACGCAAGCGGAUAUACCUACAGAGCUGAGUGAACGCUUGGCAGAAGAAAAGAGGAUUGAAACGAUCCGUCGCAAGGAGCGCAACGAGGCCCACUUAUACAUGAACGUGAACGUCGUACUAGAGGAGGCUUUCGACGGCCACCAGGGCAAUGACCUCUACGACCCCGAGCGGGCUCAUUAUCGCGUAUUCCGCGUCCGCAAGCAAGCUACCGUCGCGGAAUUGAUGGAAAUGCUCGCAGAGAAUUUCCGCUAUCCGCUCAAGCAGCUGCGUCCGUGGCCGUUCAGUGCUCGCUCCAAUCAGACAUGCCGUCCCACAUGUCUGGACAUAGUGAACGACCAACACAAGACAGUGGCGGACGUUUCAGAGAACAUGAACCCGUGGAACAUAUUCCUUGAGAUGCUGCCGCCGGAUUCUGGGCUCAGUGCGUUGCCCACUUUCGACAAAGAGAACGAUGUGGUGCUAUUCUUCAAGUACUACGACCCGAAGCAGAAGCGUAUACACUACUGCGGACACCACUACUUGCCUAUAGCGAGCAAACCCGCCGAUCUCAUACCGAUACUCAAUAAGAGAGCAGGGUUUCCCCCUGACACGCCGCUCGUGCUUUACGAGGAGAUCAAGCCAGACUUCGUAGAGAAGAUUAAUAACUACAACGAUCCCCUCGAAAAGGUAUUGGACGAGCUGAUGGACGGCGACAUCAUCGUGUUCGAGCGUGCCGACCACCGGCACGAGGAGCUGGAGCUGCCCACCUGCCAGGACUACUUCAAGUACAUCUUCUACAAGGUCGAGGUGCAGUUCGUGGACAAAACGUUACCCAAUGACCCCGGUUUUACGAUGGAGCUGUCGAUGCAAAUGCGCUACGACCAGAUGGCGCGAGCGGUGGGGCAGCAUCUCAACGUCGAUCCUUAUUUAAUACAAUUCUUCAAAUGUCAGAACUACAAGGACAUUCCCGGACUGCCCCUGAGAUACUCGUAUGAUGGUGUACUUAAGGACUUAUUAGUAUACUGUAAACCAAAGUGCCCUAAGAAGUUAUUUUAUCAGAUAUUAUCAAUUAAAGUAAACGAAUUGGACAACAAGAAGCAAUUCAAAUGUUUAUGGGUUGGUCCAAAUUAUAAAGAAGAUAAAGAAUUAAUUUUAUAUCCAAACAAAGGUGGCAAAGUUGCUGAUAUUUUAGAAGAGGCAGCUAAAGUAGUUGAAAUGUCCCCAGAGGGUUCAAAAAGGUUAAGGAUUGUUGAAGUAUCCUGUCACAAAGUGUUACCGGGGCCUGAUCCAGAGCUCACGCUGGACCAGGUCACUAUAUCACCCCCCAGAUUAUACAGAAUAGAGGAAAUACCAAAAGAUGAGCUUCAGUUGCAGGAGGACGAAGUGUUGGUGCCGUGCGCCCACUUCCACAAGCAGGUGUACGCGACGUUCGGCAUUCCGUUCUACGCGCGCGUCAAACACAACGAGCCCUUCCAGGCGGUCAAGGAUCGGCUGCAGAAGAAACUCGAUAUACCCGACAAGGAGUGGGAAAAGUACAAUUUUGCUAUAGUGACAAAUGGCAGACCUAAUUACAUAAGCGAAGGUGCAGUAAUAAACAUUUUCGACUUCAGGCCAACUAGUAAUGCAAAUGUGUCCCUGCCAGACUCGACGGGCGUGCGGCCGUGGCUCGGCCUCGAGCACAUCAACAAGACGCCCAAGCGGUCCCGCGUCAACUACCUCGAGAAGGCCAUCAAGAUAUACAACUGAAUCCGACGUAGCCGUUAGGCGGUCACCCCUGUGUACAAACAUACUGUAUUACACACUUCGAUGGCCUCACUUGCCAUUACUACAUCAAGAGACAUUGAUAGGUUUCAGUAAUCACUACUACAUGAAUAUGCAUUGAUAGGGUCUCGUUUUGACCCUGAGCAACACCCCUACUAGAGUCAGAGCGUUACUCCAUAUUUGCUUGAAAUCUACAUCGCCAUAGUUUAGCGUGCUGGGAGGAUAAGCCGCGUUUAAAUGAGGGCACCAUAUGGCAGCACUGAGACAGAAGGUCUCAUCCGUCAAAUCACAUAUUAUGUCGUCAUAGUCAAUAGAUAAAUUUAAAUGCACGAUCGAUUGAUUCGAGCUAAAAACUUCAUACAAAAGACCUCAUGUCACAGUGGUGCCAACUGGUGACGUAAAUUUUCUUAAACACACUCAUUCCAGUCUGUUUCUAUCCAAUUUUGUUUGAAAUUUAAAUCGUCAGUUUAGCGUGCGGGGAGGGUAAGGCGCGUUUUAAUUGGACACAUGUCAGUGUGACGUCAUUGUCAGACGACAAAAUUAGUGAAACGAUACUUUGCCGUGCUUCAAAGUUGGGGGCGUAUCAAACACUUACGUAGCAUUGCUGCAUAAGCUUGACACAAGCGGGGUGCCCCUAUGCGGUCUAGUUGAAGUGCUCUAUGCGUUAUUGUUUCUAUUUGUGACCGCAAUUUGGAAAGCAUAUUUUAUGUAAUCGGGAGAUGCACGCACUAAUGUUGAUACUAAUGGUUGGUACAAAUAAUUUAAAAAAAGGAUAUUCUAAUGAUGAAGAUGUCUAUGGCUGUUAUUUUAUUCUUUGACAUGAUGUUAGUAUAUUAAAUUACGUGAUGGAAUAUAAGGUAAUGAAACAUUACCUUUGGAGAGCUGGAUGAGGGCAUUAUUAAAAAAAAGUACUAACUACUAAACAGUAUUACAUCGGGCUGGCCGUGUAUUGGAAGCUUGUUAACGCGUUGGUACCACCAGUCAAUUAAUGGAUGGGGAUUACCCGCUAGGCACGCAAAUUAAAUAUCCAAUUUAGAAAAUGAGGAUCAUUACUAGGUCAGCAAAUCAACUCAAAUCAACAGUAUGAUGAUCUAAUAAGCUUUUUAAUCAAUAUACUUUUUAAAUCAUCGAAAUCGGUUCAUUCGUUGCGUUUUUUAACUAAUUUUAUGGUAGCCAAUAUUCACCGGCGGCCGAAACGUGUGACGUCACAGAGCUCGAUCGUGGUUUAGUCCAGUCGAACUUCAUUAGCGUCUCUACGCACGCUCGCGACCAAGCGUUAGAACCCUGUGACGUCACAGCCACCACGCGGCCAGCCGAAAAUUCGUUUAGUUAUUUGGUUAUAAAUUCGACAAUAUUUGUCGUAGAACAAAUAUUUAACCCCUGUAUUUUAUGGAAUCCUUAGCUCUAUAAAUCUGCUUUCUCGACUAAAAUCGUUAGGGAUCCUCACUGUCCAUAGAAAAAUAAUAAGCAAUUACGAAUGCUAUCGAAGUGUGUUAUUCAUUAUGUUUUAUAGAAGCUGUUAUUUAUAAUACGCUGGACCAUAACAGACAAAUUAUAUUGUUCGCUGCAAGAUUAUUAUCGCAUGGUUUCCCAAUAAAUAGCCUUAUUUUCACAUUAUAUGAAAUAGCAUACUGAUACCAUGAACACGAAUAUCAAACGACUUAAUGUGCUUUUUCAGUGUAGUAGAUAUGUCUGCGCCAUAUCUUCGCUCUGGGGCAAAUGUGUCUUAAAUAGCCCCUAAUUUAAUGUCGUGUAAUAUUAAGACUUAUUUUGCAACGUGUAAGUUAUUAUCUUGUUAUUCAUAUUUUGUCCUUAGUGAACAUAUGGCUGUGACAUUGGCCACAUAGUACGAGUUUUCGAAGGAUUCGAUAAGUGUGGUUGCCUUGUUUUUCUCCAUACAUUUCCAGCUCCGUUUCUAGCAGAAACUGUGCUGUUAUCAAAUGUAGGAGAUGAAAACAGAUCACCCUUGUUUUCCUAAGCUAUUGAAACUAGUACGCUCACUGCUAGCUAAAAGUUUAAACUUUUUUGAUUGGUAAAUAUAUCUUAAAAUAUUUUUCGCCCGUAGCGAUACGCGACGUGUUCUUUUAGCCUUUUACCAAUUUAUUUAUCAUGAACAUUGAUGUUAACAAUCCAACUGUAUUAGAGUAUUAUCAAUCAUAAUCUUGUAAAGAAUAUUUUAAACUUUGAAGCUAAGAAAGGUUUCGAUGUUCUAUUAUGUUGAUACGGCGUCAAUUUGUUGUUCAUUAAAAGCAGUUUCAGCGUUUCUUCAGAGUUGAAAUCGAGUUGUGGCCUCCUUGUUUUAAAUAGGUAGAUAACCUUCUGUCAUUGAAUGGUUCAUAUUUUACGAAAAAAAUACUGCACUGGUCUGAAGUAACAGCGGGAAAGUGUGCGUCAACCUCUUUGUCAGUAAAAGUUUUAUUUUCCUUAUAGCUUUUGGUGAUUCGGCAAAAUUAAACAUUGUAAGAUUAUACAUCAUUAUUUAGAUACGAAUUUGUACUGUGAGAAAUAUUAUGCUGACGACUGUGUUUAAUAAUAUAGUAUGUAUAGACAAAUGUGCCUGUGUUAUAGCUUGCUGGUGUACGUCGCUUAUAAAGUCCCUUACAGUGAACAUUUGUUUAUGUUAGGAUUGUCACAACAUAAUUCUCAUUAAUAUUGCCACUAUUAAUCAAUAAUCCUGAAACUUCGCUUGGCUUUUCGUAUUUGCUUUUUGUCAAUUUGACAACAAUCUGUCCUCAUGAUGCUUUAAUUAUAAAGAAUGAAGAAGGACAGACUGGUGUCAAGUUUACAAAUCAUCAUCAUCAUCAUCAGCCUAUUAAUGUCCCCACUGCUGGGGCACAGACCUUCCCUAUGGAUGGAAUAGGGUGAUUACAAAUAGCAAACGCGAAUAGCCAAGUGAAGUGCCGCCAUCAUGUUUUUCAACAAAUGUUCACCACUAUUUAGGGCUUAAUGUGUGCUAUCCGCAACAUACCCAGCGAGAGAGUAUGGUUAUAGUUAUAAAUCGAUAUCAAAUUUCAAUGAAUUUUUAAAAUAAUAUAUAUCUUUAAUGGCUCUCAAGAGGAUUAACUGUGUUAUAUUAUUUGUAACAGAUUUAGAAGUAUAAUCAAUUAUAGUUUGUGAUUAAAAUGCCCUAAUAAAAUGUACGCCCUAACAUCGUUUCUUGUUAAUAAUGAGGUCUCGUGCUUUUGAAAGACCCUUUCAGAUUUAAAUUAAAUAUUUAUGCUUGACAACAUUUUUUUUUGCAAUUGUUUAUUUUCAAAAGGUUCAGAAACUAUUGUUGAUUGAAUGUGAAACUAAAAGUUGUACGAACAUUAAAGCCAUUUUGUCUUCUGCGGUAGGCGACAAUAUUUUGUUAUAUGUGCAUGUGCUCUGCCCUGGCAGCAUAAUUACCGUACAACAUGGCCGCAACAGCAAGUAAAAGAAAAGUUUUGGCCAAUAAUAGUAUCUUUACGCGGUAAAAUUAAUUGAAAAAUUGUUCGUCAGCGCGAGAGAAUUGGCGAUCGUUAAAUAAUGGUAUAGUAUGAAGUUCCUUUGUACAUUGCUUUUAUUUAAUACUAACUUUCAAUUAAUCUUUUUAAUGUUCUGUUAUCUAGAUUCGUGGAAAGAAUAACUUUGUUUAAAGUAUUUUUCAUUGCUUACUUGAUGUUCAUAAACUUAACAAGACAUUUAAGAUAGCGUAUUUGCAGUGUAAAAAGGUUAUUUUUAUAGAUCAAAACUAGUAGGUAUGUAUAAAUUUUAAAUUAUUGUAUUGGUAUAAUGCGGAGUAUUAUAUAUUACGCAAAAAACAUUAUCGGUUUUAUAUGUGCUGCAAACCAAAUUGACCUGCUAGUGAUGAGGUAUUUUAACAAAUAAAUAUUUGGAAUGCAUUACAAUUUUGUUAAACAUUGUCAAUGAUUGUAAUUGUGAUAGUAAAUAUUAGUGACGCUUGUACAUAGCUAAUGCACAGACCCGUUAAUGUUAGGUGUCUUCAGAGCCACAUUUCGCAGGUUCGCGCUUUUCAAUAGACAUCUACAUGUAAUCAGGGUCUACGGAUGACGUGAAUAUGUGAAGCGAUCUCAGUGGACUGAAACGCCUUUAUAAAAAUAAUAACAAAUCUUAACACAAAUCUCCAGUGUAAUCAAAUCAGUUUUUAUAGAUUAUAAAAGUAUGUAGGUAAUAGAAAAUAUUAUAAAUAAUGCUUUAAUCAUUGUCGAAUUACCAAAACGUGUGUACGUUUGAGGCCAACACAACGCUAACAUGAUCGGGUAACAGUAGUUCAAGCUUUGCGUUUGUGUAUCAACGAAAUUUUAAUAGGCAUUGUCAAUAUGUUAUUAAAUGCCUCGAAUGUACACUGUAUUUAGUUGCACAUAAAUAGGUAUAUAACACUAGCACUGUAUUGUUAAUUCUGGCUGAAAGCCCCUUUACAAAACAUCCAAACUUGUAUGUUACUAUUUAAUUUUUUACUUAACCUGCCAGAGAAAUGUUACGUUAUAAAUAAAUGAUUAUGUCGAAAUUAUGUAUAUAUAUGAUGUAAUAAAUUAAGAAAAAAAUACAAUAAGUUUUCGUAAAGAUGCCUUAGAUGUUUUAAGACACUUAGUAAUCAGAAUUGAUAAUACUACUUAAUU